AUGUAAAGUGAUUAAGGACACCUUUAUUAUAUAGUAUUAAAAGGUGAUUCUUUUGGAGAAAUAGCUCUGCUAACCAAUUAAACAAGAACUGCUACCCUUAUAUGCAGAUAGGAUUCGUACUUAAUGACUUUAAGUAAAUAAGCAUUUGAAGGUAUAAUGGGAAAAUAUAAUGAAUAUGUAACAAAGGACCGUUUGAUAUUUUUAUAAUAAUUUAAUUUUUUUAAGUAAGGAAAGUGA